CACAAUGAAAUCUCAUAACAAAGUAAUUUCACUUGAGAUUUUUGCCGAAACAGUGGCGCGUAAAAAUUUCAUCUGCUGGGAAUCCAUGCAGUAAUUCCAUUCAGAUAUUUUAAAAUAUAUACAUAUAUGUAUAAAUACAUUUUAAGCGAGAUUAGAUAAAGAAUGAGCAAGUCGCCAAAUUUGAAACCCAAACGUACUGGAAAGUUAGCCGGCAAGCCAUUGAAAGUUGCUCUAUCUUUUAGCAAAACAAGUCCCCAUAAAUCGCCCCAAGAGAGUGAAAAUGUCGGUGAUAAAACUAGCAAUAAAAUUUUGGGUAUCAGAUCUAUAAGUCCCAAGUCUUUAAGCAAAACACCCCCACUCCAUUCUUCAACACCUAAACCCACACGGAAUGCUGUUCCUACACCAGUGUCAUUCUCUGGUGUUCCUUAUCAACAGAAGUCUGGGCAACUGCAUUUAACAAAACAUUUGGUAGUUGUUUUGGAAAGAAUAAAAAUUCAAGAUUAUGUGCCGACAGAAGUUCGGAUUGGCCAACAUCUCAACAAGUCAGUUCUGAAGAAACGAAAGCCAGAAACGAAGAAGGCCAGCAUACCCUUACAAGAUGAAAGAGCUUUUGCGAGUCCUCAACAAGCAAGCAAGAAUAAUGGCAGAAAAGAAACACCAGUGAAAGGCAGUGAUGGCAGCAUUCUUACUACAAUCCCUUCAGAAGCAUUGAAAAAUUUUGGGUUGUUAAACCAACAAUCAAAACUAUCCUCUUCUAUGAGGUCGCCAACCAAAUCAGAUAAGUCUGUCAUUAUAGAGACACCUCCACGAACUUCAACAGCUUGCAGUUCAGUUGCUGACCAAUCAUUAACCCAUGAUGAAGUUUCCUCUGAUAAUUGUGAACCACCUGAUUAUUUAGGGAAUGUUCCAUCAGCGGCUGAUUUGGAUGUGGCAGAAGCUACUGUUCCAAUUCUUCUGCAAAACAAUGUUCUUGAACAAGAUAUUGCCCGACUCACCAAUGUUUCGGUUAGUAGCCAAGCGGAUCCGCUGGAAACCGCACCUCAGCUUCCUACGAUACAUACUUUAGGCUCAACAAUGGAGCAGGAGCAUAUUAGUAGUCACUGUGAUUACUUGUAUGGGUUGAAUGAAAGGGUGUAUUCAAAACCUGAUAUUUUCCAUCUAAAUGAACUUCAUUUCAGCAACUCUGACGUUCGGCGAAUCGCUCCCUAUUCCCUUAAACUACAUGAAGAAAAGUUCUUCCUGUAUGUAGCUCCUGUCAGCGAAAUUGGCGAGAAAUACUGCUGCUUAGUGUUUGGUGUUAUGGAUCACUACAUAGUUGCGUACAGUGGUCAUUUCGUUGUGGACAAAAGUCUUCUUUAUGAUCCAAUCAAGAAAGUCCCAGUGGAUGAUGUCAAGAUAACUGACUUCAAUUUGUGUCGUCAGCAUUUGGUUCUUUUAAAUGUGGCAAACAAAAAGCUGUUUCAAAUGGAAAAUUAUUACCCUAAGGCCAGACAUCCGUCUUAUUGUGAAACACAGCUUGCAUCGUCUGAGAUGUUAAUGUUUUCAAUUAAUCAAGUUCAACUCAAAGAGAGAGUGCGAAGCGAUAUUGCGCUCGAACAGCUAAAAGCUCAAAUAAUGGUUUUACCGGAAUUCAAGGAUGUAUUUAUGUAUUUUUUAAAGGCUGACCUUACUCGAUCGUGUGCUUUUCCAAUUCCCAUCCAAGGGAGCCACCAAAUUACCUCUUUUAUCUCCGAACCCAGAACGGAGCAAGUAUUCUUUGAAACAUGUUUGCCAAUAAACCAAAAUAGUCUUGAACGUAUCCUCGACAACUUGAAACCGGUUGGUGAUGUAAAAACGAAUUACAACGAUUUGGGAUCCCUGCAGCUCAGAUGUGCCACAGAAGCCGAAUUUUUUACAAUUUAUUAUGCGGCGUAUGAAGAACCUGGGUGUACGUCAUUCUAUCGGAAUGUGUUCCUGUUGGGUUAUGUAGAUAAACACUAUAUUGUAGGUGUCGUUGCCGAUAACAGCUUUUUCAUAAUGGCUACGAAGAGGUUGUAUAGCAGAAUUUGUCUUCCGUCUCCUGGAAUGCAACCUGUCACAUUUCGCCCUCAAAUGCUAGAAAUGAUUCAUCUCCCACUUUGGUUGCCCUACAAGCAGUCAAUUGUCAUGCUUGAAGCUCGUCAAAUAUUUCGUCAUUCCAGCAAAUAUCAAUAUGAAUACCAAGACAUUAUGGAAUCACUGAAAAUUUCGGAUUUUGAAUCACCUACAUCAAGGUUGGUCAAUGGAACGCAUUUGCCUACUCGACACCACCACAGUUCUUGGCUGGAAAAAGUGCUAAACGCGAAUUUUAGCUGGACUUUCCGCAAUUCACCGAAUGAGUUUCCGGUUCACCCGUCGAGCUCCAAGAAUCCGCUACUCUUGUGUGAAAGCGUGACAAAAUUGUGGCUGCAACAUUUAAUGCGCAACAUUCACGACAUUAAAGACUCAUCUUUGCGCCAUAUAAAUCCUAACGAGGCUUCGCUGAUAGAUUUCUUUACGCUUACUAUAAGAUCCUUCAUUUCUAGCUUUCUCCCGCUAUUUGGAAUGUCGAAUGAAAGCAACUUCCAAUGUUUGCGUCUGGGUCCGGAUGGUAUGCCCUCAGAAGUGUGUAUGGCAUCCUUGCCAGCUCAUCAAAUUGGAUUCCACAUUCAUCAAUGUCACACACAGCCCCUUUUAUGGGAUGACACCCCUCAGAAGCAUUUUACUUUCGUUCCAUUCACGCUAGUCUUCGCACAACAUGAAAGCCCUCCCUUGAGUGACUCAUGUGAUUUUAAUCGGCUCGCCUGGGCGCGCUCUCUUGUUGAGCGUUGGUAUAAAGGCUCGUCGUUAUCCUACCUCGAUUUUCUUCGAACGCUAGAAAAUAGUGAGGGAAAACCGUCUGUAAGUGAGCCUACAAUGGACGUCCGUGGUAGAGGACGUCAGAAAAAGAGGGGAAUAGGAAGAGACGAGAUUGCUCAACAACGUGUACCACAGAAACGCAAGCGUAAAUCUAAUGACAGCAACCACUUUAGCUCAAAGCGUGUUCUUCGUUCCUCGGACUCGGAUUCAAAUGUGUCUGAUUAACAAGUGCGUAUUCGGCCUAAACAUUUAAGUUCCAAGCAGCAGUCUAUUUAACAAAAUUUCAUUUCCCAAGUAAUUGUCUUUGCUUUUCUUUCUCCCCCGAUUGUUGUAACCGAGAGACGUGUUUAAACAAAUAUAAUCAACCCUGUAAAAACA